UAUAACUCAAGACCGUCGUACUAAUCGAUUGAGGACGCAUCAUUGGGUUAAGGCUGCAACAAUGAUCUUCAGGUUCGGUGUCAUUCUCACUCCGGAGUCCUCAGAUGUAGAGGUCUAUGUUUUGGGUUCGCGUGAGGAAAUGGGCCACUGGGACCCUCGCGGAGCCGUCCAGAUGAAAGCCUUGCAGAAGCUCGUGCUGUCAACACAUGAACCGUGUCUGUGGAUCGGCGACGUGCAGCUGGCAGAGCCCUUCAAAGACACGUUGUGGUUCAAGUUCGUCAAAAGAGUCCGCGGCACUGAUAUCUGGGAAGGUAGCGGUCCAGGCCAUGACAGAUGUUGUUCAUACGAUGAGAAGAACAUAGUGGAUGGAGUGUACUGCCAUCCGAUCGGUCACUGGAUAGAGGAAACAGGAGCCACAGAUGAGCUGAAACACACCACCGACUUCUACUUCAGUGUGGCUGGUCAGAAGGCCAUUCAUUUCUCCAGGGUGCUGCCACAUAUUUGGCUGGGCAGCUGCCCUCGACAGGUGGAACACGUGACUAUAAAGAUGAAGCAUGAACUGGGGAUUACUGCAGUGAUGAACUUCCAGACAGAGUGUGAUGUGGUGAACAACUCCGAUGGCUGCAGGCGCAACCUUGGAGAAGCCAUGACCCCCGAGACCAUGAUGCAUUUGUACAAAGACUGUGGCCUGGUGUAUGUGUGGAUACCCACGCCUGACAUGAGCACUGAGGGUCGGAUCCGGAUGCUUCCCCAGGCUGUAUUUUUGCUUCAUGGUCUCUUGGAGAAUGGACACAAUGUCUACGUUCACUGUAACGCCGGAGUCGGCAGGUCGACGGCCGCUGUGUGUGGCCUGCUCAUGUAUGUCCUUGGCUGGAGCCUGAGGAAGGUGCAGUACUUUGUCACAGCCAGGAGGCCGGCAGUCUACAUAGAUGAGGAGGCUUUGGUCCAGGCUCAGGCAGAUUUCAUUCAGAAGUUUGGACAGCUACGAUCCUCCAUCUCUUACCCAGAUACAUGA